UUCCAUGGACGUAUUACAUUAAAGAGGUCGAAACAAGUCGACGUCGACGUCGAGGUUCAACUUGGCGGCGAAUGCACGGAGUGACGCGAUCAAGGCGGCGGACGGCUCGACGAGUCGCCUGGCUGCUUGGACGACGGCAAUAGCUGCGUCUAAUGGAAGGAAGUGUGUCGCCAUGACGUACGCGAUGCACACGGCGCCGCUCAACGAAGUUCCAGAGUCGCAGUGCACAAUCAUGCACGGACGGUCUGCUUUCUUCUCAUGGAGGCGUGCGACGAUCGCAGUAAAGUCAAUCGUCCCCUCAUCUUCGACCAUGAGAUCCAAUGUGUCAUCGCUUUCGAGCAGUGGACCAGGCUCCCGCUUCGUGCAGCAGACCAAAGUCCGUCGAAACUUGGGCGGCGACGACUCGUCCAACGCCAAUAACCUCUGGAGGCUCAGCGUUGACGUCAGCCAGAGCCCAGGGGCCACUUGUUGCUUGUCCGUGUUGACCGCAAUGUCAUACCGUUCCCGUGUGAUGUAACUCCGAACGCUCGGUAGCAAGGAGAGCUUUUCGUCGACCAUGACAAUGGUCAAGUCCCGUUCAGCGGCGGCGAUGACUCCUUCUGCAGCCGCAUGGACAACCAAGUGGUAAAGGUUCUCCAAGUGCAGCUCAAACGCCUGACUUCGGAGGUCGAAUGGAGCUCCAUGCGGAAAAGUGCCUUCACUUCUACGACCAAUGCCCUUGCCGCGUUUCUGCAUGUACGCGGCAUGAAGCGCGACAAAGUACCGGAGGUGCCGCGUUUGUGCCGCCGUGUCCGAUUCCAUGUCCCUUUGGAACGAAUAUGACGACUGUUCAUUGGUGC